GCAUUUCCUGCUCUUGGGGAAAUCUCAAUUUGCAGAAAACUUCAGAUCGAUCCUAAUUGAUGACCCUCAAUGCCAGCCUACCGGGAGAAAAAGGAUGUGCGCCAGCGGGAACUUCUGAAGGGAGAUUACCAGGAGAUGUUUUCAUUGUCUGCCACCCACCUAAGGUCGAUAGUAUCAUAUUGAACUAACACUUGCUUCGUGUAUAUAAGCCUGGUCUGUGGAUGGAUGAAUGCAGAACAUUGUGCAUUUCAGUUUGAUCCACUUAGCGCAAACGAGCUAUUUGAAAAUUCUGGGACACCUUUUGGGGUCAUUUUAUUCUUCUUCGGAAGAAAGUUGACUAAAGCCCAAGACAGUUUCUUUGAUCUUCAGAGAUGGGCCAAAGGAAAUGGCACACCUCGCUGGGCAUCCUGCUUUUGUUGGUCACUGUGGGACACUGUGAAACCAGAGCAGAACCGAGGCAGAAAUCGAGACAAUCACCUCUAGCUCUCAUUUUACAAGGCGUGAAAGACAGCAAUCACGGGGACAGACAAACAGCCAAACGAUACAGCACUUUAUAUGCCUUGGACCAAGACUACAAGCACUUCACGAAAGAAAAAACCGCUCUUGUCCCGAGGUUGGACAAACCAAUAGAGGUUAUCCAUACAGUCCCCAGUGCAAAAGAAAAGUUCAUAAAGCAUUUUGCAGCAGGACCAAUCUCAUUCUCAUCCGAAUGCAGGAAGCAGUUUCUCCGCCUCUAUUAUAACACAAGGGACUGCUCUACACCAGCUUACUAUAAAAGAUGUGCAAGGUUGAUAACAAGAUUAGCUAUGAGCCCGUUGUGUGCACAACACUGAAUAUUGCCACACCAAAUCAUUGAAGAUGGAAAUGUGAUUUGCCUAGGAAGUGCCUUGAGAAUUUCCCAAGAUGGAUUUGAAUUAUCGCUGAUGUUGUUUUGGUUUACAGCAUUGUUUAUUAAAGUACUAAAUGCUUUUUAUUUUCAUAUUUGUGCA